AUGAAUAAACAUACUGAUAAUUAUCAUUAUGGUUAUGAACAAGAAAAAGAUCAAUUAGAAACGAUUACAAAUCAAUUAAAUGUUUCAUCAAAUUAUGAAAGAUUACCUUCUCCUUUACCAGUUCAAUCAUCAUUAAAUGAUCAUUGUCAUGAACAUUCUACAGUUAGUUCAAAUAUAGAUAAAAAUGCUAGAAGAAAAUUAAUACUUGCCAGUGGUCUAUGCUUAUUUUUUAUGACAGGUGAAAUAAUCGGUGGUGCAUUAGCUCAUAGUUUGGCUAUUAUGACAGAUGCUGCACAUUUAUUAACAGAUUUUGCUAGUUUCUUAAUCAGUUUAUUAGCUUUAUAUUUAGCAUCAAGACCAUCCACAAAACGUAUGAGUUUUGGAUGGCAUCGUGCUGAGGUUGUCGGUGCAUUGGCAUCUGUUCUAUUAAUUUGGCUUGUUACUGGUAUAUUAGUCUAUUUGGCUGUGAUACGUAUUAUACAUAAUAAUUAUGAAAUCAAUGGUAAAAUUAUGCUUAUUACAUCAGCUACUGGUGUUGGUGUCAAUAUCAUUAUGUUAUUCACAUUACAUAAUCAUGAUCAUAAUCAUAAUUCAUUAAAUGAACAUUCUCAUCAAGAGUUAAAUUCAUUUCCUAGAACUCAUGUUAAUCAUUUAACUAUCAAUAAUCAUUCACAUGAAAUUAAUCAUGAUAUUCAUAAAGAAUUUAAUCGUCCAAAUAUUACUGUACGUGCUGCAUUUAUUCAUGUGAUUGGAGAUCUAUUACAAAGUAUUGGUGUAAUGAUUGCAGCAAUGGUUAUAUAUUUUCAACCAAAAUAUAAAAUUAUCGAUCCAUUAUGUACAUUUCUCUUUUCACUAUUGGUCCUUAUUACUACCAUUAAUAUAUUACGUGAUGCAUUAAAUGUCUUAAUGGAAGCUACACCACGUGGAUUAAAUUUUAAUGAAGUGAAAAAUUCAUUAAUGAAUAUAAAUGGUGUCAAAGAAAUACAUAAUUUACAUAUGUGGAGUUUAACAACGAAUAAAACAGCUGUCUCAGUACAUUUAGCUAUUGAAAAUGAUUCAAAUGCACAAGAAAUAUUAAAACAAGCAAAUCAUCUAUUAAAACAACGUUAUUUAGCACAUGAUGUUACAAUACAAUUAGAAUUAUAUGUUAAAGAAAUGGCUGAUUGUUAUCAAUGUAAAGAACCAUCAAAAUAA